AUGGGUCUGUUGCUUGAUUCUCACUAACGCCACUUUCAAGAUACAGUGAUAGGCGAUCAGAUUUGACAAAAUCUCCUAGAAGCUGGAACUCUUGAUAAUUUGACCAAACAGUUCUAACCCAAGAUAUAUGGAAUAUUCUCAUUAAUUUAUCAUAUGAUUGACUUUAAUUAAUAUGAUGUCAAAAAUCUCACUUUUACUUUUAACUAAACUAUAACCUCAACCCAGCUCUUCGAGUUAAAAAAUAAUCAAAUGAUUCUUGAAUAUUAACAAAAAUCCAAUAAUCAAAUGGCGAUUCGAGUGAUCCCUUCAAAACUAUUUACUCAACAUUGCUACUCUUCUUCUUCAUUACCAUUGACACUCUUCAUCUCAACUCUUAUUAGCCGCCGUAAUUUUUCUGUUUGGCCCCCCGGCCACAUUGCCUCUGACGAUGGUAUCGAUAAAAGGGAUUAUCAUGAGUUUUUGAGAUGGCACAAAGGAGGAGGGAUGUUUCAUAAGUCAGCCAACAUUGAUCCUACUGCGUCCGUAGAUUUUGGUGCGGUAGUCCAUUCAGGGUCUGUUGUUGGUGGAAAUGUUCACGUAGGAUCAGGAACUGUAGUUGGACCUGAUGUUAUAAUUGGUCAAUCGACAAAGAUAGGGUAUAAUGUUGCACUUGCUAAUUGCACAAUUGGUGAUUCGUGUCUUAUCCAUCACGGAGUCUGCAUUGGUCAAGAUGGCUUUGGCUUUUUUGUGGAUGAGGAUGGUGUCGUGGCUAAAAAGCCUCAAGCCCUGAAAGCUCUUAUAGGGAAUAAUGUUGAGAUUGGUGCAAAUUCAUGCAUUGAUCGGGGCAGUUGGAGAGAUACUCUGAUAGGUGAUCAUACAAAGAUAGAUAACUUAGUUCAGAUAGGUCACAAUGUAGUGAUUGGCAAGUGUUGCAUCUUAUGCGGGCAAGUUGGCAUUGCGGGUUCUGUAACGAUGGCCGAUUAUGUAACUUUAGGCGGCCGGGUAGGAGUUCGUGAUCAUGUCACCAUUGUGUCAAAGGUGCGUCUAGCAGCUGCCAGCUGUGUGACCAAAGAUAUUACUAAACCUGGUGACUAUGGUGGCUUCCCCGCUAUCCCAAUGCGUGAAUGGCGGAAACAGGUUGGUAGACGUUUCCAAAUACUGAAGUAGAAGAAAUUUUAAAUCCUCAGAACUGGGUCAUUUGAGAACUUUGUCAGCUAGCGUGUGAGAAACAAAAAGGACUUGCAUAGUUGUGCACAUUUGACGGUUUGACAUGCUAAGGUUUUUAUUAUACUGAUCCCACUUUUCUGGAUCAAGAAAAGGACAAUAUUGCUUGAGAUUGUCCCUCUGAGGGUUAUAUUUGUAUCCUUGCUUCUAUAUAGUUACAUUAGUGGUUACUUAUA